AUGGCAAUUCAAAACAUGGAGUGGACUAUUUUCGAAACCGUAAACAGAAAAACGAUGACCGUGAGACCAAUGAUUCUAUUACAACUUGAUCAGAUAACUGAAUAUUUUAAAAAUGAUUAUAAUAUUGAAAAAGAUGCGACACUCGAAGACGUUGUAGCAAUAAUCAAAGGAAUUCAUAUUGAAUUAAUAUCUACACAUGUACCGAAGAACAAACAUAGUUUUAUAAAUCAGAUAAAACUGCUCGCAACUGACCAACUAGCAAGCAGUUGGAUGGAGAAACUCGAUAAAUCAUUAAAAGGAGUCAAAGAAAAUUACGGUCCGGAAGAUUUCUUCUCACCUCCGUUUACUCAAUUGCAUCGUCCAUGCAAACAGCCAAAGAAGACGGUGAACGAUGAAUACGAUGGACCCGUGGCGGCCAGAGACGAAACAAAAAAUUUAAAAGAUUUUUUCGAGACAUAUGAUCAGGUCAUCGAUGAACCCGACAAGAUAGCAGACAAAAACAAUUGUUUUACUCAAUAUUUGUUUUGA